AAAAGGGAGUUUGUCUUCUGUUGGUACUAGCUGAUGUAAUGAAGUAUGUUCUUGCUAUGUUAAUAUCUCAAACCACCAUUUUCAAGCCAUCAAAUUUGAGUGUUUUAAAAUAACAUAGUCUCACAUGUUGAAUAUUAAUGUUUUCAAAAGUAAUGUUUCCAACUAAUGACAGGUAAACGAGUGUUUGACUCUCCUAUCUAUCUCAUUGAUCUUCAAGUAGCUUCUGUUGCAGUCAGAACAAGUCGUCGCUACCAUUUUCCUCAUAAAUUUCAGAUAAAAUAAACAUACAGAAACAGAACCAGAGAUGCAUAUCUUCAAAACAUCAACAACUGCAACAACUAUCCAAUUCAUUCUACUUGCAUCCUUGUUAACUUCACUUCCAUUUCCAUUUGAAGCUUCUCCAAUAUACAGCUACCACGCUUGCACAGAAACCUCUUAUUACAAACCCAAAUCAAAUUUCCAAACCGCUUUAAAAACUCUUCUCUCUUCCCUCAUCUCAAACUCCACCCUCCACAACGGUUUCUACACCGUCCAUAUCCCUCUCUUCAAUUCCCCCAACGACUUAAAAGGACUCUUCCUCUGCCGUGCCGACACCACUCCCUCUAUCUGUCAACACUGUGUAACUGCAGCAGCUAAUAACAUCACGAAUUUGUGUAACAACCAGACAGAGUCUAUCAUCUGGUACGACGAAUGUUUGCUGCGUUACUCCAAUAAUUCCUUCUUGAAUCAUAUAGUUCCUGCAGUGACCUUGGAGUCUGAUGAGAGUGUUCCUGAUUCAGAAGUUUCCCAGUUCAGUGAUUUCCUUGCAAAGCUUUUGAAGGAUUUGGCAUAUGAAGCUGUGAAUUCUCCUUCGGGUCAUAAAUUUGCUGCAAAAGAGAAUUUCUUGGGUUCUAUGAAGGUAUAUUCUUUGGCGCAGUGUACACCAGAUUUGUCUGUUUUUGACUGUAACACGUGUUUGCAAGGUGCUAUUAGUUCUAUUGGAAAUUGUUGUGAUGGGAAAAGAGGUGCAAGAUCACUUCUUCCGAGUUGUAAUAUUCGAUAUGAAUUUUACUCUUUUUACAAUGUUUCUGCUGUUUCUAUUCAGCCACAACUUUCUCCUCCUUCUUCAGGAAAGAGCAACGUCGCUAUGAUUAUUGGGAUUGUUGUCGCAAUUGUUGUUGCUGUGGUGCUUCUCAUUAUCGGCUGCUAUUUCUUGCGUAAGAGGGCAAGGAGGAAGUAUAACUAUGAUACUACAUUCAUCCAGGGUUCAUCUUCAAUUCGGAGGGAGGAUCUUACUGAUAUAGACUGUUUGCAAUUUGACUUUGCAACAAUUGAAGCUGCCACAAAUUGUUUCUCGGAUGAGAACAAGAUUGGCCGAGGUGGAUUUGGUGUGGUUUAUAAGGGUAUCCUUCCGGACGGACAUGAGAUAGCGGUGAAGAGGUUGUCAGUAACCUCCUUGCAGGGUGCAAUAGAGUUCAAAAAUGAAGUUUCCCUUGUGGCCAAGCUUCAACAUAGAAAUUUAGUGAGAAUGUUUGGAUUUUGUUUGGAGGGGAGGGAGAAGAUUCUUGUCUAUGAAUACAUACCAAAUAAAAGCCUUGAUCAUUUUCUAUUUGGUACAGCUUCCAAAGUUAUUAGUUUUAUAAAAAUAGAAAUUUUACUGUUGUUAAUCUCGAUCUUUAUUGUAGAUCCUGCUAAGCAAAGGGAUUUAGAUUGGUCAAAACGCUACAAGAUUGUAGUUGGCAUAGCUCGAGGGAUUCUUUAUCUCCAUGAAGACUCCCAGCUUAGAAUUAUUCAUCGUGAUCUCAAAGCAAGCAAUGUUCUAUUAGACGAAAAUAUGAAUCCAAAGAUUUCAGAUUUUGGGAUGGCAAGAAUUUUUCAGGCUGAUCAGACUCAAGUAAAUACACGACGAAUAGUGGGGACUUACGGUUACAUGUCUCCAGAAUAUGCAAUGCGCGGACAAUUUUCUGUGAAGUCAGAUGUGUUCAGUUUCGGUGUCUUAGUUUUGGAAAUUGUAAGUGGCAAGAAGAAUACUGAUUCAAAUCAAUGGAAUGAUGCUGAUGAUGACCUCUUAAGCUAUGCUUGGAAAAAAUGGUCAGAGCAAACACCAUUGGAGUUACUUGAUCCAAUGCUGCGCGAAUCUUAUUCAAGAAACGAAGUUAUGAGAUGCAUCCAUAUCGGUUUAUUGUGUAUUCAGGAAAGUCCACAUGACAGACCUUCCAUGGAAACUGUUGCACUUAUGCUCAACAGUUAUUCAGUUACGCUGUCAUUACCUCGACAGCCACCGUCUUUCUUCCGUGGAAGAACACCUGACAGAAUAAAACAAGGGUUUAAUUCUGAUCAGUCGACCACUGGAUCAAUUCCAUGGUCUGUAAAUGAUGUAUCCAUUACUGAAGUUCACCCUCGAUAAAAAGAGAUCGUUUUUAUGUUUUCUUUGAUCCGUCGAGUGUAUGUUCAUAUUCUGUCAAACUUUGGUGUAGCAGUUACAUUUACCUAGUUUGUAUAUGUUGUAAAUACUCUCAACUAAUUCUACAUGUGAAUUGAUCAUUUUCUCACUA